UCUCUUAGCUCCUCUCUCUCGCUCUCUCGGAUUCUUUCAACUAAGCGAAAACCAGACGACAGAAGAAAAAAAAGCAACACAAGGUGAAGAAGGAGAAAACUCGACAACGAAGACGAUAAAGCCAGAUUCUCGUGCCGCGAACUCGAAUCAUUUCGGCUCAUUAGCAGAUCGAUCGCAAAUGAUCAAUAUCCGCCGCCGCCUCCGCCGCAAUUGACGUCAGCAGGAGAAGUCAGCUUAAUAACGCCUCUCGUUGAUUUGACUUGAGAUAAAUAUUUUUGCAUUGUUGAUAUCUCUGCAGUUUCUUUGCGUCGAAGAAAUGUAAAAUGCUUGCGAACUGGAAGGAAACCACACACAGAUUGAUUGAAAGUUAGGGGGGUCAAAGUGUAUAGUAUAUGCUUUUAAAGUAUAUAUAUAUAUAUAAUUAUGGAGUCAGGAUCAGAGAAAAAGUUUCCUCUCGAUGCAAAAGACUACAAGCUACAUGAAGAAAUCGGAGAUGGUGUUAGUGCCACUGUGUACAGAGCUUUGUGCAUACCACUUAACGAGGUUGUUGCUAUCAAGGUUCUUGAUCUAGAAAAGUGCAACAACGACCUGGAUGGGAUACGGAGAGAGGUGCAGACAAUGAGUCUGAUCAGCCAUCCGAACGUGUUACAAGCUCAUUGCUCUUUUACCGCUAGGCAUCAGCUAUGGGUUGUGAUGCCAUACAUGGCUGCAGGAUCCUGUCUCCAUAUAAUAAAGUCUUCUUAUCAAGAUGGAUUUGAGGAACCUGUUAUUGCUACUUUACUCCGUGAGACUCUGAGAGCUCUUGUAUAUCUUCAUGCUCAUGGGCAUAUCCAUCGGGAUGUGAAGGCUGGUAACAUAUUAUUGGACUCCAGUGGUACCGUUAAGUUAGCAGACUUUGGAGUAUCAGCUUGCAUGUUUGAUACAGGAGAUAGACAACGUUCCAGAAAUACAUUUGUUGGGACUCCAUGCUGGUACUUUUUUCCAACUUUAGUAAUGCCAUGUUCUGUAGUUAUAUGUGGAUCCAUCUUAGACAGAAUUUCUGAUUUAUGCUUGUUUCUGCAUAGGAUGGCCCCUGAAGUCAUGCAACAACUACAUGGAUAUGAUUUCAAAGCAGAUGUUUGGUCAUUUGGAAUAACGGCACUUGAACUGGCUCAUGGUCAUGCCCCAUUUUCCAAGUAUCCGCCAAUGAAAGUUUUGCUGAUGACCUUACAAAAUGCACCUCCCGGACUUGACUACGAGAGAGAUAAAAGAUUUUCAAAAGCCUUCAAAGAAAUGGUGGGUAUAUGCCUAGUCAAGGACCCAAAGAAGCGUCCAACGUCAGAAAAGCUUUUAAAGCAUCCUUUUUUCAAACAAGCACGUGCACCUGAUUACAUGGCUAAAGCAAUUCUUAAUGGUCUUCCUCCAUUAGGUGAACGCUAUAGAACGAUAAAGUCAAAAGAAGCUGAUCUUCUAAUGCAAAACAAGUCUGAAUACGAAGCACACUUAUCACAGCAAGAAUACAUUAGGGGAGUAAGCGCUUGGAAUUUCAAUCUCGAGGACCUAAAGAAUCAGGCUGCUCUUAUUUCAGAUGAUGAUAGUUCACAUGCGGAAGAGCCUGAUUUCAACAAAAAGCAAUGUGAAAUACAAGAUGAAUCUGCUCUUUCCCCUGAAAGGGCUAGCAGCUCAGAAACAGCUCCUAGUCAGGAUGACGAAUUGAACGACAUUCAUGAUUUAGAGAGUUCUUUCGCCUCUUUUCCAAGCAAACCUCUUCAAGCACUCAAAGGCUGCUUUGAUAUCGACGAGGACGAGGACAAUGAAACUAUUGGAACUCAGGCGCACACCACGAAAGAAGAGGAUACUGCAGCACAGAUCUCUUCUUUACCACGUCAUGUAAUUUCUGAACAAAAGAAAUAUUCGAGCGGUUCAAUUUUACCAGAAGGCACUUUCUCUCCAAAGAAAACCUCAUCCGAUGCUGAGAGGGAUUUUCAACAGCGUAAAUAUCAAACAGAGCGGAGCUACAGUGGAUCAUUGUAUCGCACUAAGAGAGAUACUGUGGACGAGACGUCGGAAGCGCCGUAUGUGGAGCACAAGGGACGGUUUAAAGUCACAUCAGCUGAUUUGAGUCCCAAGGGAUCUACGAACUCGUCAUUCACACCGUUUGGUGGUGGUUCAAGCAGCCCGAGCUCCCUCAAUGCAACGGCUGUUUCAAUCCUCCAGUCGAUUUUGCAGCAAAACACCAUGCAACGGGAAGAGAUUCUGAGACUAGUUAAAUACGUGGAGCAAACCUCUGUCAAGCAACCUGGAUCACCCGAGACAAGCCUCAAUGAGCUAUUGCAGACGCCUCCUGCAACUCUACGAGAGAGAGAACUUCAAACCCAACUCAUGCUACUCCAACAAAGCUUCUUGAGCCUAACAGAAGAAGUAAAGAAACACAAGCAGAGGAAUGGGCAGUUAGAGAAUCAGCUAAACGUGUUGACACAGAGAAACGAUUAAGUCUCGCAAGUCAUGGAGACAACAGAAAACAAGCGCAGGGAAGAGACAGGGGAUCUUGACUAAAGCCUCGUGUUCCCUUUCAAGACCAAAGAAGAAAGAGAGAUUUGUGUUUAUAUAUUUUUACUUGUUGGGUGUAAUUUAUUUGACAGGUUCAUAUAUUAUGUGACAACUACUACAAUGUUUGUCUAUUGUCCUUGGGCCACCUAUGUAGUUUAUGAUGUGCUAUAUAUAUCGCAGCGCUUGCAUUAAUAGUA